UUCAGAGAUUAAGCCACCGACUUGAUUACACAAUAGAGGACUCUCCAAUAUAAGGAUGCAAACGUAAUAACCCUCAAGCGAAGUAGGUGCAAUCAUUUUCAACCGUCAUCAUGAGAGCUCUAGCCUUGUCCGUUGUUCUUCUAGUAGCUGUUGCGCAAAACUGCCUCGCCGCUGUUGCCGAUCCUAGAGGUCAUGCAGGUGAGCCUCCUGUAUUUGACUGUACCGGUAAAGUUGGGUUCUUUGCCGACCUGUGGAAAAAUUGCGAGGUAUAUUACAACUGCUUGGAAGAUGGAACUAAAGUGAUGUAUGGUUGCCCACGUGAAAAUAAUGGCAAUCCUCAUCAAACGUACUUCAAUGAAGCGGUUGUUGAAUGCGUAAAAGAUUACCAGUGCCCGGACCCGGAACCUAUUAACCCAGUAGAGAAUUAAGGAUUGAUAAAACGGAAAAUGUAAUCAUUCAACAAAGUGGUAUGACGACGUGUGUCUUAUUCCAAUUGAUCAUACAUUCUGUAUACCUUAUAUACUGCACACAUUAAAAGGCGGUUAACAAAUUAUUGCCAGUUAAAAGCGGUAAAAUGCUAUUAAAACUUGUAAGCUACUUUUUGUCGAUUUUGAAAAUAUAUUUCCAGAUUAAGAGAAA